AUGUAUUAUCUAUGUCUAUUCCAUUUUGAACACAAACGUGUAAAACGCGCUGGUGGUAAAGGAGGAAAACCCUAUCCCGAAGACACACCUGAAUUUGACCGUGGUAAUGUUUCAUUAGAUUUCCCCGAUGAACUUUUCAACAAAUCGUUUGCUACCCUAACAAAUGUGUCUAAAUCUAUAUCACGACUUAUUAUGAAUUCUGCCAGACGUUAUGCCCGUUUUGUUUUAUUCUUCAAGCCAGUCUUUGGUGAUGCUUUGGUGGUGCAAGGUUUUGAAAAUCCCACCACUACCACCACAACUACAAUUGCACCCAAUGAUAGUUUAAAUGAAAUUUAA